AUGGAAAGCAACAAAAAUGCGAAGACAAGUAGUGUUCUGAAAGUACGUGGCAUCACUUUAACCGCUGAUGUCUGCAAAAUUUUGCACUUUGACAGUUUUAAAGAAAGCGUACUUACCUAUGCAAAUGGAGGAAACAACGGGGAGGAAGAUGAUGACUUAGACAAUGGAACAAUUAUGAUUGAAAAUCCCAAUUUUAUACGCCGCAAUUUGAAGGAUGGUAUUGUUUACUCAACUAAAAUGAGAAAAAAAUUCAGACCAAUCAUACAAAAAGGGAUAAUUUCAAAAAAUCUCAAAAUUGUACAUUUUGGACAAAAAUAA